AUGUCCUACAUCCGCGAGGCUGAUGGCGGCGGCUUGGCGAUAGGCGCGAUGACGACAUACGCCGCUCUUCAGGGGUCCGAACUGGUGCAGAGCAACGCGCCUGUUCUCGCUGACGCAGCCGGGCAGGUGGCAGACGCUCAGGUUCGCAACAUGGGAACGAUUGGCGGCUCGCUGGCCCACGCCGAUCCUGCGGGCGACCUGCCCGCGGUCGCAAUCGCGCUCAACGCCGAACUCGUAACGAGUUCCACCGGCGGUCAUCGCACCAUCGGUAUCGACGACUUCUUCGUUGACCUGCUAACCACCUCGCUUGAGUCGAACGAAAUCCUCAACGAGAUUCGCAUUCCGGCUCUCGCUGCCAACAGCGGCUCGGCUUACGCCAAGUUCGGCAACAAGGCGUCGCACUACGCCAUAGUGGGCGUGGCUGCGGUCAUUACCACGGAUGGCAACGGCAACUGCACGGGCGCCAGCAUCGGCGUAACCGGCGCAGGUCCAGCGGCAGUGCGCGCCGGCGAUGCGGAGGCGGCACUUGUUGGAAGCAGCCUCGACGAUGAUGCAAUAAACGCGGCAGCAAGCGCAGCGGGCAACGGCAUCGAGUUCAAUGAGGAUGUGCACGCCUCGGCAGAGUACCGCGCGCACCUGACUUCGGUGUACGCCGGACGCGCCAUCCGCGCGGCAAUCGCCAACGCAGGCUAG